AAAUAUUAUAAUUAUUACUUCGAAUAAUGUUUAGAGGACACGCCACACCCGCAUGUAUGGCUGCUUUCGUCUCACAAAUAUGUACAACAUUACGAUGACUUUAAAUUCUACAGUAAAUUUAAAAUUUUAAAAUGCUCAUAACUUGCUUCAAUAUUGAAAUAUCGAUAAAAGCCUCAAAUAUUCCCUAAAAUAACAGUUUUAAUUUUGAAUUUUAUGACGUAUCAGUUCACUCUUAUUUCGAAGACAGCAGAGUAAAAUCAUUAAUCAAUCAUAAUUCAUAAUAUUGUCGUGAAUGUAAAAUUUGCGACGCGCUAAAGACGUCUGCAAGUCGGAGACAACGCAUACGGAGGACCGCGACCACGAGAAAUGGGAGACGAGAACAACGGCGGCAGUUCGGCGGCACAACCGCAACCAGGUUUGCAGUCAUUGAAACAGUACAACGUGCGCGUCGACCACGCCACCGACAACGGCCGCGGCCGCCGGCCUUCGCACCCGUCGUCGCUUCUGGCCCGAUUCGAUGACCGGUGGCCGGCCACCGCGGCGGACGCGAUCGCCGUCCUGUUGUCCGUGGCCGUGGCCUGGUGUCUGCUGUGCGUCAACGUGACGCCGGCGCUGAUGGCCGUGCCCGGCGGCAGCGUGGCGUCCAUAUUCAUGCUGUACGCGGUCGGGCUGGCCGCUGGUCAUGCCGUCGACGUGGUGGGCGGCCUCCCGCCGCUGCUGGGUAUGAUGGUGGCCGGCAUCGCUCUUCAAAACCUCGGCCUGUACACCGUCACCGCCGAGUGGUGCGUCCAACUGGUGGCAAUCAUGCGAGAGGCUGCGCUGUCGGUGAUCUUGAUCAAAGGUGGCUUGGAAAUGAACGCGACCCAGUUACGUCGGCUAAGCGGUGCCGUGACCAGACUGGCGCUGUUGCCGUGUAUAGCCGAAGCAGUGGCAGCGGCCGUAGCAGCCCACUACAUUUUGCACGAUUUCUCCUGGGAAUGGGGUCUGAUGCUCGGGUUCGUCUUGUCGGCCGUCAGUCCAGCUGUAUUAGUGCCAAAUCUAUUAAAAUUGAAACAUAUGGGUUAUGGUGAAAAAAACGGAGUCAACACACUGGUGAUAGCUGCAUCGAGUUUAGAUGAUAUCGUGUCAAUCAGCGCUUUUGGCGUUUUGUCGGGUAUCGUUUUUUCAACUGGUAACUUAACCAGUAAGAUCGUCCAAGGACCUGAGGACGUCUGUAUUGGGACUGCAUUGGGACUUGUGUGGGGAUUCCUUUUAAUUUUUGUGCCACCCGCACCAUGGGCAAAUGUGUCCUAUGCCGUUCGAAAAGGUCAACGUAAAAAUGACGGGAGAAAUGAUGAAGAACAAGCGGACCAAUCGUUAACAGCAAAGAGGGCAUUUUUGUUAGGCGCCGGUGGUUUUCUGGCUGUAACCGGCAGUCAGUUGUGCGGAUAUCCGGGAGCUGGUCCUUUAGCUUGUAUCAUAUCAUCGUUCGUGGCGGGUACCGGUUGGAAGUGGAGAGAAGAAAAACAAAACUGUGACAGACCAACCACAGUUUCAUCACAUGAUGACGAAGACGAUAGUGCCCAUAACAAAGUAAACCCAGUUGAAACGGUGUUCGAGUAUAUUUGGUUUGGACUUCAACCGGUUUUGUUUGCGUCUAUAGGCACUGAAGUCAAAUUUGAACUUCUCAAGGGUAGCGACAUAGUCAUCGCUGGAUUAUUAGUACUAAUUUGCGGAUUGAUAGUGCGUUUGAUUGUGACAUCAUGUGCAGUUUGGGGAGCAGGACUCAACAUUAAAGAAGUAAUAUUCAUUAAUAUCGCGUGGCUUCCCAAAGCAACUGUCCAAGCUGCUCUUGCUCCGGUAGCGUUGGAUAUGGCGAGAAUGAUGGGGACAGACGAGGAUAAGGAAAGUGCUAGUCGAUUGUUAACUAUCGCUGUAAUAUCCAUACUAGUUACAGCCCCUUUGGGGGCAUUCGGCAUUCAAUGGUUUGGCCCCAGGUUGUUAUCCUACUCCAGAUAAUAACUAAAUUUACUAAACUGUAUGUCUGUACGUCUUGAAAUGUAUGAAAUAUCCGUACUCACUCAGUUACCUGUUUAUUGUUAUACCAUUUAUUGGAUUAAUUCUAUUUAUUAUAACGUAUGUAUUAUAUGAUUCUAUCAUAAAAUUAUUGCUGACAAAAACAUGUAUUACUUACAAAUGAUAAUCACGUAAAUCAAAGUACGUUUAGAUAAAAACACUAAAUUCAACUACAGUCAAUAAAAUCUUAUAUAAUUAU